CUGAACGCUUCUGAGAGCUAUCUCUGGCGGUACAUUCGUGACUCGGGGUUGGCAUACGACGCGGGAGUCUACGUGGAUCUAGAGGGCGGCCUUCUAAGCUUUGCGUUGGACAGGACUUCACAAUAUCUGAAGGCGUAUGAACAAGCAAAAUCCGUUGUCGAAGGCCUCGUUGACGGCUCGAUCGCGCUCGAAGAGACGACUCUGGAUGCGGCGAAGAGUAUCCUCGUGUUCGGUGUGACGAGCGGUGUCUCUACGCCAGGGCAAGCGGCUGUAGCCUCUUUCGUGAAUCAAGCCCUCCGGGGCGUACCUCAGAACUACAACAUCGAACUUCUCGAACGCUACCGUUCCGUCACGAAGGCGGAUGUCCUCGCCGUACUGCGCGAGUACUCCUGGAAGGUCGCAGAAACAACGGAAGGCCUUACACAGCUGGGGUUCGAGGUGGAGCAGCGGUCGUUGGAAGCGGAUGCAGACGAGUCUGAGAGCGGUAGAGAGGGCAGCGACUCCAACAUCAGUGCGUGACAGCGGCAGUAGCAGCAGUACCGUGUCGAGACUUCAGGCUAUGGUGGACGUGGACGAUCAUAUAACAAUGCUUCACACCGCUACAUGCAAUCUGGGCGUAUACGUAGAUACGAUACAAGCAUCAUGAAUCAGAGUGUUUUGUCUUCCCUCGCACCUUCCGAGGGUGGAUAUGUCGCGGAGGCCCCUUGUUGCUCAGUACUGGACGUCCCGAUAACUUCAAUCGUCUUUCCUGAAGCCUGCCCAGGGCCCCAGGCUUCAGUUUCACGUUUUCCAGGAAAUCGUUGUCUACGAGGAAGCGGAUGGCUUGGGAUAAAUCCGAUACAGUCAGUUGGAUUUCCGGUGUGAGCAGC